UGCCAAAAAAUCUGCAUUUCUUGCUAAAGAGGAAGGCCAAAUAGGCCUUUCAUAUUUAAUAUUGUUUACCAACAUAAGCAGAAAUGCGAUUAAUAUUUGUGCUUGCAGUAGUUCUAGCUGGAGCACUGUCUCUACCGGCAAACCUGGGUGACUUGCCGGAACCCGGUGAACUCGCCUUUGUUCUCAAUGAAGAUGAUUUUGAAGACUAUUUAGAUUCUUGGCUUGAGAUUCAGCAGCGCACUAAUGAUAACGCAACACAGUUCGAUGCUCGUAGCGGAUGCAGAUUCCGUGUCCGAGGCGAUCUCGGUCAGCCGCAGCCGGUUUACAUCCAUCGUAACAACUACCUGACGCCUAAUGGUAAUUCCGGUGAGAUUCGCCUCAACACGGGCGAUCAAGUCAUCAUUGCGUGCACGGGAUCUGGACGUACCAUUCGACACCCAAAUAUUGCUAGAAACGUUAACGUUGGUACUGCCCGAUGUGUCAAUAACAAUCUAGUUUCUGGAUCUGGUUGGUUGAACGGUAAUGGAGCUUUUGGCCAAUUGACUUGCUCAAGUCAUUCUCAUCACGAGGCACAAGGCACAAACCAACGUUGUUUUAACAACAAUUUGGUUAUCAGAGUCGGUUUUAUCGUAAACAACGUUUUCUACCCUCUUUAUUGGUCUUGCUUUGACCAGAGGCGUUUGGAAGUUUUGUACGUUUGGUACGAUCAGAGGGUUACGAACGCUGUUCAUCAAACCGGAGUGGAUAGACCUAGCUGGAUGGCUGGCAGCUUCUUCCCUGGCGUCGACGUAAACAACAGAUACACACAAGUUCAACAGAAACUUUCUAUUGCUCGCGUUGUUGGCAACGCUCUGGCCGAUAGAUACGUUACCAGCCACCAGUUCUUAGCGCGUGGUCACCUCGCCGCCAAGAGUGAUUUCGUGUUCGCGACCGGCCAGCGCGCUACUUUCUACUUCAUCAACUGCGCUCCGCAGUGGCAACCAUUCAAUGCUGGAAAUUGGAACAAUCUUGAGCAGGACCUGCGUGCUCGCAUCGGAGCUGCUGGUUACAACACAGUCAUCUACACGGGGACAUUCGGAGUGACGCAAUUGCGAAACGCUAACAACCGCUUCGUCGAUAUCUACCUUCACAAUAACAACCAGAUUCCGGUUCCCCAGUACUUCUACAAGGUGGCCUACGAUUCAUCGCGACGUCUGGGCACCGCUUUCAUAAGCAUCAACAACCCACACUACACCCUGGCGGAGGCUCGCAACCUUCAGUUCUGUACCGACCGCUGCCGCAACAACAACGCCUUCAAUUGGCUCAGGUGGCGGCCCGACCGCGUUGAUCUUGGCUACAGUUUCUGUUGCACCAUCGCUGAUUUCAGAAGACGUAUCGGACAUCUACCGUCGUUUACUGUUAACGGACUCUUGACAUAAACGGCGCAUAUAAAGAUGACAGAAAAUAAAGAUAAUUGCAAUUAAA